UGUCGACUGCGUAGACAAAUAUGCCGCUUUUGCCGGUGUGCAUCUGCUGGUCCGUUAUGGAUUUCUACAUCUGGUGGAAAAUGUUCACAGACUGCGUAAGCGUAUUCCAAGCACACGCGCCAAGGCAAAAUCCACGCGUAUGAGCCUAAAUCGAUCAUAAGCAAGCGAAGAGAUCUGUCGUCAGUCGGCAAGAGUUGCUAGCAUCAGGUUCUUUUUCCACCGUUCCCAUCCCAGUCGAUGGUGUGUCGCGCGAUGUUCAUGUUUAUUCACCGUUUAUGUUCUAACAGCUGACUUCAAAAAAUUUUGACAUUUGUAAUGCGAUUUAUGGAUUGAACUUUCUCUGAAUUUCUUUGAGUUUGUGGUCGUAUACCGCCCAUAUAAAAUGAUACAUUCAUAACAAUUAAUGUGACUCAGUUGUGUGUUUGUACAGUUCUUGCGCAGGUUAACCACAACCCAUUUUUUGAGUGUAUUUUGGACUGGUAAUGAAACUAGAAAUCCGACACAGCGAUCCGGAUGGAUAGCCACUGGAAGAUUGCACUGAAAGCCAUGUAAUUGUGCAUACAGGAUCGCGUACACGGAAGUGCUGAUAGUGUUGCGCAUAUGCUUGCCAAUAAGCAUAUGCGGUGAUGGGAACCGAAGCGGCCACCCUGACUGAUCUGUCGGUUAGCAAAGAACAGGAUGGCAAUGGAAACAUUAUUAAUCCUCUUGGAUCCAAUGUCAACAUUACGCAAAUACCCCCCAGAAAGCGCUUUGACAUCGAUGGCGGAUGGGCCUGGAUGGCUUUGCUAUCGUCCUUCAUAAUACACAGUAUCAUAUUUGGCGCAAUGAUGGGAAUGGGAUUGUUCUACUCGGAGUUUUUGGAUGAAUUUAAUCAGGGCCCAGUUAUCACGUCGUGGCUGAUUGCCACUAAUUGCGCUCUCGGAGCUUUAUUAGGGCCGGUGGGCAGUAUUUUAGCCAACCGAUUCGGUUUCCGCUUGGUAAUUAUUACCGGUACGCUUAUUGCCUCUGCCGGAUACAUUCUGAGCUAUUUCGUGGAUAAUUUUUGGGUAUUAUUUCUCACCUUCGGCAUCAUGACAGGUGUCGGUUCCGGGAUGGUCUACUCUCCCAGUUUUGGAAUUCUUGCCCUGUAUUUUGAUAAAGAAACCUUUGCCACAUCCGCAGCCACCGUCGGCAUCGGUGUCGGCAUGUUCCUAAUCCCACCGGCGCAGCGCGCUUUAAUUGCCACUACCACAUGGCGCGGUGCCUCUCUAAUUACCGGCGGUUUGACCCUGAAUAUCAUCCCCUGUGCGGCCAUGUUCUCCCACCACGUCCGCUCCGCCGGCUCCACAACAUGGUCCCAGUACGCUGAUGUAUCCUUAUUCCGCAAGAUCUCCUUCUACAUACUCAGUAUCCAUUUUUUCUUGAUGGCCGGUUUUAACAUUUUCCUCAUCUCGACGAUCCGAUACGCCGUAGAACACGUGGGCAUUGCGCUGGAUGAUGCGCCAUCCAUGUUGAGCGUACAGGGCAUCGCGAACAUCUGUGGGCGGUUGACUGCGGUAGCGGUCAGUUCCAGUCCGCUGACCGCCGGUAAAGCGGUCCGCUACAGUACCCUGCAGCUGGCCACGGUGGUCGGUGCGCUGUCCAUUGUGUUUUUUCCAUUCUGUGAUAAUUUUUACACGCUGUGUGUCUGCACGGGAUGUGCCGGGUUUGGGCUGGGAUGUCGUUGGGCGCUGCUGCCGGGUUUGCAGAUGGAUGUUUUCACAUCCGAGAGAUUUUCCACGUCAUGGGCAUAUGGAAUGUUUCUGCUGGGAAUUGGUUCGUUAAUUAUGCCACCCUUAGGAGAGUGGAUAGCCAAGCUGAAUGGUGAAGAAGCAUCACCGUUUGUUUUUGGUGGGAGCAGCAUUCUACUGGCAACCGGAUGCACCCUUGUAAUCCAAGUUUGUGCACCCAGUAGGCGCAACAAACUGCGCUAUCCAGGCUUUCAAAAGAGUGUCUUGCAAGUGAAUCUCAAGUGAUCAAUCGGGGUGCCCAUACGUUCAACGUCCUAUAAACCGCUUUCUAGUUUAUACACGCUGAUAUUAGAGUUUAUUCGUUCGUCCUCCUUGCUGAUCUCCGCAAGCUUCCAGUAUAUUUAUUCCCAGUUUAUAAAUUUAGUUUACGACGCUAUGGUAAUUUAUCUUUAAAAUCUUGUACUCUGCAAAAAAUGGUAAAAAUAAAAAUGUC